GAAAAAUAAAAGCUUUUGUUUCUAGCCUCCAGUGGGCAGUAAUAUUAAGUACAAAAUGUUCUUGUGUGUGACUUUGGCUGCAGAAUCACCAGUGAUACUGUUAUGUCAAAUCCACAUGUGGUCCUUAUGUAAUUUGUUAGUCUUGCCAUCCAUUUUCUGCUGCUUAUCCAGGUGCAGGACUUGUUUAAUUAUUAUGUAAUGUCAUUAUUAGUUAUUACUGUUACAUACAUAAAGGAAAUAGAGGAAAAAAUAGGACAUAAAUGUAAAUAAUUUCAUGCACUUGGUUAAUAUUUCUAGGUUAUGUCAUCCGUUUUGGUUUUCAUCACUAUCUAUCAUUCUUUAAAUGGGUUAAAUUGCGUUCUGUGUGGUAUUAAAAAGUCUUGAGUUUAAGGCGGUGAACUCUGCAGUAACUGUGGCUACAGUUCAGACUAGCACAGGAGGCUCUUUACAAUGCUGUAAAAGGACUAAUAGAGCUUGUAGAUGUUAAAUGUAGUUGAAAACUGAAAGGAGAAAUAGCAAUAGUGAUAGAGCACAUGGCUGUCAUAGUUAAUAUUUGAAAGAUCAUGUGAUGGAGAAUCAGUCAUGGAUGACCUGGUUUUUGCUUUCAGAAUUUGCCAGACUCUGUAGGAAGAAAGACAGUUGUAAUAAGUCAUUAUAUAGUUCUGAAUGUUUUCUUUAUCUGUUGAUAAUAUAUGGUAUAUAAAUGAUAAUAUAUAAAUAAUGGAAUAAUUGUUUAACCUAAAAAAUAUAUCAAAAAUAGUAAGGUGAGCUCUUCAUGUCACUGUUCAGGAUUUCAGGACCUAAAUGCAGACACACACCAAGGCAGAAAUGUUUAGUGACAACAACUUAAUGACAAAAACAGCAGGCUACAAGCAGAUGUGUGAGAUAGCAGAACAACAGGCGGGAAAAAUCCAAAAGCAGAAGCAUGAGGUUACUCAAGGAAAUGCAACAGAAUAACUAUAGUCCAGGUUGAUUGUGGAACGAGGUGCAGCUGGGGGGAGAGACCAGGUGACUGCAGGGCUGAUUGGGAAGUGGGAACAGGUGAUGGGAUGAAACACUGGAGAGAAAAACACACGAGGACAGGAAACAAAAUCAUAAUACACACAACAAGGAAAGUCAUUUCAAAAUAAAACAGGAAGCACCACAAACUCACAAUUCUCCUCUGGUCAUGCAGCUGGUGAUCCGCCGGUACUGUCCGUCAGACAAUGAAGCGGUGUGCGCCCUGUUCAGCGUCGGCAUCCGGGAGCACAUCCGUCCAUGUUUUCAUAAUGCCAUGACCAGCCCUCUCUACCUCGCCAUCACCCUGGCUCUGUGUGUCAUCGGCUACCUCCUCGGUUCCACGUUAGGGGCUAUGGUGUUGCUGGGAGUCUGGGUGGGCCUCGUCUACUACUGCUGUUAUGAGCUAUACGCCGGCUACGUCAGGGAGAGACUCCGGACGGACAUGAAGGACAUCCCUGGGAACUAUCUGAGCAGACCAGAUGACUGCUUCUGGGUGGCUGAGGCUGAGGUUGAUGGGAGGGCGCAGAUCAUGGGUAUGGUGGCCGUGAUGGCCAAGCAAAGUGGGAAAGAAAGGUAUGGAGAACUGUUCAGAAUGAUCAUCUCACCGCUGUGCAGGCGGAUGGGCCUGGGCUUCAGGAUGGCUCAGAUCGUGCUUGACUUCUGUAAGGAACGAGGCCUCUCCAAGGUGGUCCUGGAGACCAGCUCCACCCAGAUGGCUGCCGUGGCCCUGUAUGAGAAACUGGGGUUCUGCCACGUCCUCUCACACACAAAGACAGAGGCUCCCUUUUGGGUUGUAACACUGACCAAAGUCACAGUUUUAAGAAUGGAAAAACAGCUGUAGGCCUGAAAUAACCCUGAUCAGCAACUGUGACAUUCCUGUUUUGUUUCUCUUUAUCAGUGGUUUAAGCUUCUACAUUGAUGAUACUUGACUAAAACCAUUGUUUGUAAGCUAUAUAUCAGAAACACACCUUAACUUUACUUAUACUGUAGGGGAGACAUGACUCAAUGCUGCUCUUUUAAGUUCACUGGAUCAAGAUUCACCAACUGUUGAUUAUUGUACUGUGUGUUUUUUUAAUAAAAAGUAGUUUCAACUA